CAGCUUUGAGUAUAGUACACACCUCGCGCGCUAUUUCGCAAGGAACACUACACCUCACAAAGGAAUAGUUAAUUAUCGAGACGCGAAAUGGUUGAUUUCAUUGUCCCGCCCGAUCGCGCAGCUCUGGAGUCAAUGUCGUCAUCUACAUGACAGCAUCGAAGUCCAAAGCUUCGUCUUCAACCCCUCACUAAUAUUUUUGCUUACCUCCAAAGCCCUCACAAACAGCAAUCAUAGCUUCAAGAUCAGUUUCUCAUCGCCUCACGCGUCUCCUACGCACCAUGUCGUCCACCGCACCCACAGCGGCUAGUCUGCCGCCAGCACCAUGGAAGAAGCUCUUCAACGAGCACAUCUCUAAGAUGAAGUCUCCCGAAUUUGUCCUAGGCACACUCGACUCCGCUCCCUCAGGCGCUCCCACUCCUUACGUCCCACGCGUCCGCUUCUGCAUCUUCCGCGGUUUCUGGGCAGAGCUCCCCGAGAACAAGCACAACGAUGCGGAGCGGAACGCCAAGGUGUACGAGAGCGACUGCCCGACAUUUACUACGGACGUGCGCAUGGAGAAAGUGGGGCAGAUCUUUGCGACAAGUGCGGGACAUGCGGAAAGUAAAGACCAGGUUCAGGGUAGCGGGGGUGGAGGUCCUGUGGAAGCUGUAUGGUGGGCAGAGGACAGUGGGACACAGUGGCGGGUUAAGGGAAGGGCGUUUGUCAUUGCUGAGGACAUCGAGGGAGAUGAGGAGAGUAGUGGUGUGAGGACAGUCAAGAGUGAGGUGGGGAAGAGGAUGAGGGUGCUUAGUGAGGAGCAAAAGGAGAACUGGAGCUGGAACAAGGAGCUCACAGGUUUCUUUGGGAAUCAGUCGCCUGGUAUCAAAGGCUCCUUCAAGAACCCGCCUCCUGGUAAACCCACGGCCGAGUCUUAUGACGACAAAAACCUCAAGCUCGGUAGCAAAGCGGAUGACUUGCACGAUUCUGUUGCACGCAAGAACUUCCGUCUUGUUGUCAUCGUUCCGGAUUCUGUAGAGCAGACAGAUCUAAGUGACCCUGAGAAGGGACGGAGGUACAGGUACACCUUUGACCAAAAGUCGGAUGCAGGCUGGAAGACGGAAGAACUCUGGCCAUAGUCACCAAACAUACUAUGUACAACUGUAUCCCUAUCGACGCUGCACCAAUUAUGCGCGUUCAAUUAAUAUUUCUCCAUCAAUUCUC